AAAAAUGAUGAGUUGUGUGUGUCUGGACGGGUGAAGCGUAGCAUGGGUCGAGGGGCUGAGAGGUGGAGAAGAACGGCGAGGAACCAGUCUUUCUGUGGCUGCCAAAGGGGAAGGUUGUGCGUCCCCCGUUCUGCUCCUUUGCCUCCUCUUCGCCGUCUUGCGCCUCCACCUGCUUGUCUCCACGCCCUGCCCCCAAGCAGGAUGGCCCUGCUGAGGUGUGCUGGCGUGCUGCUGCUGCUGCUGGUGCUGUCUCCGCUGUAUUCAGACGGCGAGGUAGCAGAGGUGUGCUCAGAACAAGAGCUAACAAUAUCCUGCGCCAAUGAAGCUCACAAUGGUGGCAGCGGGGUAGGAUCGACAGCUUCCACUACCACCACCACCAGUAGCAGCAGAGGGGACCAGAUCGUGCUGGGUGAGGCGUGGCUGUACGGCUCCACAAGCAUCAUUAGAGACAUAGAUCCUUACCUGGGCAACAAGACACUCCCAGAAUGCCAUGUGCCGGAGUUCAACCUGCAGUACAAGGCCGGUUCCAUUUUGCAGUAUAUCAAUAAGGAGUGUGGCGGGCAGGUGUCGUGCAAGUUCAGCCUACAGACACACGUGCCCCUGGACCACCAAUUCUCGCAGGUGUGGAGGGGAGGAGCAUUGUGGGUCCGCUACAACUGUGUCAGCCAGUCGUCGUUCCACCGGGUGUGCGGCACGGAGGUGAAGGGCCAGGAGGGGUGGCUGAAGAGUGUGGGCUACCCUCAAUACUACCUCGGCAACCCUUCCGUCUGCACCCUGACCGUCACGGCAGACCAGGGCCAGCGUUUGCAGCUCACCAUCUCCGACCUCAGCAUCAGGGAGAUCAUGCAGCCGACAGAGACCAGGUGCAAGGACAGCGUGGAGGUGAGCGAGGGGAGUAAGGUGAUGCUGGAGCGCUGCGGGGACACCAACAGGCCCCUCACCAUCACCUCUGUAGGACCCUCUCUCAACGUGACCCUCUCAGCUUCCUCUCACGUUUUUCCCAAGCGAGGAUAUGUUGCCUACUACAAGGCGCUUGGUUGCCCGACCCCAGACAUACCCCAGGACGGCUACCUUGCCUUCAGGAAUGGCACACAUGCAGAGUUUUGGUGCUGUGUCCGCCACGCCUUCCCCGACACACUCACACGCAAGAGGGUGUUGGAGUGUGGCAGGCUGAACACUUGGAAUGAGGAGCUGCCAGACUGUGUGGACCUGGACGAGCUGCUGAAUGCCGGGAACAUCACCAUGGAGAAGUACCUGGGCCUUAUCAACGGUACAUCGGGGGUGGCUAUGGCAGAGAAGCUACGUCAGGCCCACAUUGUCUAUGACCUGGUGGUGCCAACAAUUAUCAUGUCGGUGUUGGUCCUUGGUAACGUCGCUGUGGUGUUUCUCAUCAUCUACUGCCGCAGGGGCGUGAUCGAGGAAGGAGUACGCUGUGAGGAGCUGGAAUCCAUCAAAGCAAACCCUGAACCGACUGACACUAUAGACAAUGAACCCUGCAAUGUGUAGCAAUGACAAGGCAUGGAGGAGGUCUGCAGGUGGAGGUAGUGGCCCUAAACUCUUCCGUUCUUCCACCUCCUCCUCCUAGACUGCAAGUGGAAGGUGGAGGGAUGUUACAAGAUUUUUCCUCCUACUCUUCCAUCUCCUCUUCCUCCUCCUCCUCCUCCUGGGUAAAUAGUGAAAGGAAGAGGAAGGUAAAGGAAGAUUUGAAAGUGAAGUUGGUGUUGAGAUCUACUCCUCUUCCUCCUCCUCCUCCUCCUCCUCCUUGACCUCAGAAGAUAAGGUGGGAAUAAUGUUUCUUGUCCCCGUUUUCCUCUCUUCCUCCUCCUCCUCCUUGACUCAAAAUGAAAGGAAGAGGAAGAUAAAAGAAGAUAGGAAGGUGGAGGUACUGUUGCAAAAUCUUCUACUACUCCUCCUCCUCCUCCUCCAUUCCAGGUAAGAGGAAGAGCAAGGUAAAAUAAUCAACAAAUGAACACAGGAAAGAAAAUGAAUUACCAAAAGGAAAGAAAAAAAGGAAAACGAAAAAAAUAAAUAAAUAUCAAAGUUAAGAAAAAAAGAAAAAGAGGAAGACUUAAAUUUAUGAUCAUAACACCAGAAUCUUUAUAAUAUUUUCCACAACCCACAAAAAAAAAAGGAUAAGAAUCUCUUGUACUAUAUGUAAAACUAGCUAAUAUUACUGAUAGUGAGUUAGAUAAGCCAAUAUUUCAAUAGUGAGAGUAAGGUGUUUAGUAAUGAGCAUCUGAAUGGUGAAAUUAAGGUGUUGGAAUAAAAGAUUUGGUGGUAAAAGCUAUUGGAAUAAAAGAUUAGGGUGUUUAUAGAAGUUAAUUAAGAGAUUAGCUGAUUAAAGGCAUUGGAAUAAGAUUAUUAGAGUGUUCAUUAAAGUCAGUAAGAGUGUUUACUGAAAUUAAUUAAAAGACCAGGCUGUUUAAGGUGUCAGAUAACGAGAUAAGAUGAUAAAAAGUAUUGGAUUAAAAAAUAAGGUGUUUAUGGAAUUGGAAAAAGAUUAACUGAUAAAAAAAAUAUUGAAUUAAGAGGUUAGAAUAUUAAAUGAUCUGAAUUAAAAGAUUAGAGUGUUUAAAGGUAUCCGAUAAUGAGAUUAGGUAAUAAAAGCUACAGAAUUAAGAGAUUAGGGUGUCUGUGUACUUGGAUAAGAAGCUUAGGGUAUUAGUGUGUAUGUGUUGAGAUUAGUGCUUGUGAUAGAGUAGAUACUAUGUGCUAAGACUGCAAGGUAUUGGAUCAUAACACAGGGGCAUCAGUCUAAUAAGCAUGGGACAUUUGUGAUAACAUUAAAUAAGGAGAGACUGGGAGUGAUGCAUAAGAGGGAAUAGGAUUGUGAUAACUGGCCGUUUCAUAAGGAGAUUAACUGGUGAUAGAAGAUUGAAUGCUUUUAAACUAGGAGGCUGGAAGGAGUUAGGAUGAAAAUAAGGGGUUGGAAUGUGUUAGUUAGGGAUUUGUUAAUAAGAUUUGAUGGUAAAGGACUGAAUAAACAUACGGUGGGAGGAAGAAAGUGAAAAUAAGUAAUGAAUAAGGGAGGAUAAGGAAAGAAAUGAAAAUAAAGGAUUGGGGAAAUGAUAACUGGGCAUUUGAUAAGAUUAACUGAUGAUAAAAGGAUUGAAUACUCUCACAUUGGAUGAUAAAAGUGAAUAUAAAGGAUGAAUAAGGAAAAAUAAGGGAAGAAAUGAAAGUAAGCGAUUGUAAUGAGAUAGCUGAGCAUUCAGCAAGAAGAAAAACUAAUGAUAAGAGAGAGAAGAGUAGCUGAUGAUAAAGAAUUGAAUACUCUUGAACUAGAAGAGUGAAUAAAGUCAAAAUGAUAAAAAAAAAAAAAAAAAUGUAUUGGGUAUUUUAUAAGAGGAUUCACAGAUCUUAUAGGACUUAAUACUCUUACUGGGAGGAUCAAAGCUUUAAAAAGAAAAAAGAAAAAAGAAAAAAAAAA